AGAUUGAAUAUUUUUCAAAAAUAUCGAGAGUAUAUGGAAUUGAAAGGUUUACUGAAAAGGAGACAAAUUAACUCUUCAAAUUCGGAAAUAUCUGCGGAAAUUUUGGACGAAGAAGAACAAGAGCAAUUAGUUAUAAGUUUACGCAGAGAGAAUGAUAGGGCUAAUAGUUUCUUUAAGGGAGCUUUGACAUUACUUUCCGGAUUACUUGCAACAGUAACCCCAUUAUUGCCUCACGCAACACCAUCAACCACAUCACUAAUACCAUCAACCAAUGCUUCCGGUUCAUCAUUUCCUCUGAUAUCAACACUGCUAUGCAUCUUUACAUUGCUUUUCUCAAUAUACAUUCUGCAAUCCCGACAAUCGACAAAUAUUCUAAUAAUUUUUGGAAUUGUAAUCUCGUCGUUUCCGUUUUUGCUGGCUAUGAACGCUGAACAUUUUAUGCAAAAAUUGUGGUGGGGAAUACCGUUGGGAAAUCUACUUAUUAACUCUUUAGCACUAUAUUGGAUUUGGAGUUCGGAAAAAAAUAUUUCUAGUUUGGAAAAAUUAAAGUACCGGUUGAAGGGCGCGUAA